ACUCCUUUUCUUCUCUGUAGUCACCGGGAGCGUGGGAGACUUCUGAAUCCGAGUCUCCUCCGAAACCCUAGCAAUGUCUCGUUUCGUCGUCUUCCUCACGUUGAUCGCACUUCUUCCGACGCUCUCAUUUUCCUUCUCUCCCGAGAAUCCCACGGAUCGACGGAUCCUCGUCUUGCUGGACGACAUCUCUUUGAAAUCAUCUCACUCCCUCUUCUUCAAAUCUCUCCAAUCUCGCGGAUUCGAGCUCGAGUUCAAGCUUGCUGACGAUCCGAAGAUCAGUUUGCAGAGAUAUGGACAGUAUUUGUACGACGGAUUGAUUCUGUUUUCUCCAACAAUCGAGCGAUUUGGGGGAUCUGUUGACUUGGCCGCAAUUCUGGAUUUUGUCGAUUCGGGUCAUGAUUUGAUCAUGUCAGCUGAUGUUUCCGCGUCUGAUUUAAUUCGGGAGAUUGCAACGGAGUGUGGUGUUGAAUUCGAUGAGGAUCCUGCAGCCAUGGUUAUUGAUCACACCAGUUUUGCAGUCUCAGAUACUGAAGGAGACCAUACAUUGAUAGUCAGUGAUGAUUUUAUAAAAUCUGAUGUGAUUUUGGGGAAAGAGAAGAUCGAGGCGCCUGUACUUUUUAGGGGGAUUGGUCAUUCAACAAAUCCUGCCAAUAGCUUGGUUUUGAAAGCUCUCUCAGCGUCUCCUGCCGCCUAUUCGGCCAACCCAAAGUCUAAGUUGUCAAACCCUCCAUCUCUCACUGGAUCUGCGAUCUCUUUAGUUUCAGUUGUGCAGGCAAGAAACAAUGCUCGAGUCUUGAUCUCAGGUUCAUUAAGCAUGUUUAGUAAUAGAUUGUUCAGAUCUGGAGUACAAAAGGCUGGAAGCUCAACCAAACAUGAGAAAUCUGGAAACGAGCAGUUUUUGACUGAGCUUAGCAGAUGGGUUUUCCAUGAAAGAGGUCAUCUCAAGGCUGUAAAUGUUAGCCACCACAAUGUCGGGGAAGCAGAUGAACCUUCAAUGUACAGGAUCAAGGAUGACCUGGAAUAUUCGGUUGAGAUAUAUGAGUGGUCUGGAACAAGUUGGGAACCAUAUAUUGCCGAAGAUGUUCAAGUGCAAUUUUAUAUGAUGAGCCCCUAUGUUUUGAAAACCUUAUCAACCAACCAGAAGGGUCUAUAUUACACGGCGUUCAAGGUUCCUGAUGUUUAUGGCGUUUUCCAGUUCAAGGUUGAGUACCAGAGGCUUGGAUACACAAGCUUGUCUCUAUCAAAGCAGAUUCCAGUUCGGCCUUUCAGACACAAUGAAUAUGAAAGAUUUAUAACAGCUGCAUUUCCCUAUUAUGGCUCAUCAUUUACUAUGGUACAGUGCUAUUUCUCUCUCCCUCACUCCCUCCCUCCCCCCUCCCUCCCUCUCCUUCCCCCUUCUUAAUUAUCUCAUUUUUCUUUUGGAUACACAUGUGGGGGUUUUUUGUUUCACAGUGUGGGGAUGGAGUUGUAUCAGGAAUCUAGGCAAACAAGACCUUGCACAACCUUCUGAUCCUUUUUUUAGGUCACCUGCUUACAUUAAAUGGGGACUGGUGUCUGGUUAUACUAGCCUUCUUUCAUCUCCAUGUGGAUUUCUCUAGUAUGCUUGAUAGCUUUCAAGGCUUCAUUUGUUUCUUUGACAGAAUGAGGCAAAGGAAAAAUUUAAAAGGCUUUCUUUUUAAUCAGUUUCUAGAAACUUCCGUUCCUAACCAAACAGAGGGCAAGUCAGUUGAAUUUUUUUUCAAUUAUUGUUCAAUUGGAUCUAGCUUACAGUUUCCUAUAACACAGUUAGAUCUUUGUUAUCAUUAAUGGUAGACAAUUUGAACCCUUCCUGAUGGCAACCUAUUGCUAUAUAUAACUGGGAAUCUAGGUUUGUCUCAUUAUUUUAUGAUAUGAUCCCUGCUGUUGCCCUGCCCUAAUUCCCCCAGGAUUAUUGUUGUUCAUUUUCCAGUUUUUUAUGACAUUCGUGGGACGAUCUUCCCACUUGAAUAAUUCCCAUGUUAAUCCGAUCUAAAUUUCUCAAUUAUGUUAUGCGGAAUUUUCUAAGACAACGUGUAUUUGGCUAAUGGAUGCAGAUGGCUGGUUUCUUUAUCUUCUCCAUCGUCUACCUAUACAACAAGUAGCUGAAUUCCUGCCGGGUUGGGGGUUCCAUAACAUUAUAUUGAAAAA